CCGAAGCUGUAAAAGUGACAAUAAGCUCGAGCUUGAAUACAGCAGUCAAUUUAUACCUAGAACAAUAUUUUCAAGCUUACCGCCGAGAUUGGGGCUACAUUCUCUCCCUUGGAGACAGGACACCGCAGCACCUACUUGAGACGACCAGACCGAAACACGGAUUCACGAUGGAUAUCCGACGCUUGGAACCGUCAGAUAUCCCGCUGAUCCAGCAUGCCAACCUCGAGAACUUACCUGAGAACUACUUCAUGAAAUACUAUCUCUACCAUGCCCUAUCAUGGCCUCAACUGAGUUACGUCGCUGUCGAUGUAUCGCGCCCUAAGAAAACACCCUACGACUACCCCAAGAUCGUUGGGUAUGUACUAGCCAAGAUGGAAGAGGAGCCUACAGAUGGCGUUCAACACGGUCACAUCACCUCUCUCUCAGUCAUGCGCACUCACCGUCGCUUGGGUAUUGCCGAGAAGCUGAUGCGACAGAGUCAACUUGCCAUGGUCGAGACCUUCGGUGCCCAAUACGUCAGCCUACACGUCCGCGUUUCCAACAAAGCCGCCAUUCACCUCUACACCAAGACUCUCGGCUUCGACCAGGAGAAAACCGAGCCCAAAUACUACGCCGACGGCGAGGACGCCCACUGCAUGCGCCUAGACCUCUCCAGCAUCCGCGAGCAGAUCCGCGAAGCUCAGCUCGAGGAUGACGGAGAAGCCCAGGACGAGGGCGAGCCCGUCGGCGACGGAGGAAAGGCCGACGACAAGAAGCCGAAGGAGACUAAGCGAAAGGUCAAGGUCGGUCGUGCGCUGGGCGUCCAAGCUCUAGUCGAGAAGGACGAGAGUAAGCAUUCUUAGGGAGUUUGCGAGAGAGAGGAGAUGAUAGCACGGGUCAAGCGAGACACAGCCGAGAAGGAUGACACCAAGAAAUUCCUAGACAGCAUCGAGAAAUACUUCGGAAGGUAGUAAGAUGGUAUACGUGGUUUCUCACAUGUGGCAUUGCAUGGGUCAGAACCAUAAUGCGUCUUCGAGGGAAAAGCCGGCGUAAGUUUCUGUUGAGAACUGCAUCAUUUGCACAUCUUAGUCUACGGAUUACGGGGGGCAUGUAGGUACGACUCGCUCGGAUAUGAAAUAGACGAGAUGAAACGAAAAGG